AUGGGAAACUCCGACGAAGAAGCCGAUUCACGGACUGCAUCGGUGGGCGCACAGCGUGCAAAGAACCCUCGUUCCACGCGCUCCGCCUCGCGCGAUAGCACGCGGCCAGCAAAGCGACAGCGCCAAUACAAGAGUCAGGAUGCGCCUGACCAUGCGGACUUCGUCCCCCGAGGCGGUGCAUUUACUGCUACUCCCCUUGAGACAGACUCCGAUGCCACCUCCAGCUCUGGUUCCUCAGACUCCGACUCCGACUCGGCCUCCAACGCGAACGAUGCGGCGAACCCACACGCUGGAAGCACUGCGCCUGCCAUUAGCUGGAACCAAGCAAAGAAAAAGGCAAUCCGUACAACUCUGGGAGGGAAGCGAUCCCCACCAAUCGAGAAUAGCACCGAGAAUUCUGAGAAAUUCAAUGCUGUGAAUGACAAGUACUGGCGCAGUCGCAGUGACUCGGCCUCAUCGGCUGGGAGUGAGGCUCGAGCACGAAAACAACCUCGAACCCAAGAAGAUUUGGAAGAGGGAGAAAUAGACUCCAAGAGCGAAUCCGACGAUUCAGAUUCACUUGACUCGGAAGCCGAUGAUUCUAUCCUAUUGAAUAUCGGGUCUAAAGAGGAUGGAUUGGAGGGCGAAGAUUACGACCCAGAACGUUUGAUGCCCGAGAACGGAAUACAGAGUGCAACGGCCCCAUCGAAUUCGAGCGGGAUCGAAUUGACAUCUGGCUCUCAAUCCAAAGAAGACGCUUUCCGCCGCUUCGCACUCAAGUACCCCUCUGCGCCUACGUCUCUGGUGGACUUGAACAAGAAAGAUCUCGAAACUCAGUCUCUUUACGUAUACUUCGACCGCAAUAUCCAUGACCUUGACUUGAAACUUCCCGUUUCUUGCGUUGAGUGUCAGACUGAGGGUCACAUGGCCGACAUCUGCCCUACAAAAGAGUGCUCACACUGUGGUGCUUGGAAUAAACAUGCAAGCGUCGUCUGCCCAACAUGGCGAAGAUGCCAAAAAUGUCGCGAACGAGGCCAUGACGAGCCACAGUGCAUAUCCAAGCUACGAAGCCAUGCGUCAGAAGUGCCAUGCGAUAUGUGCGGCCACGAGCACCUUGAAUCAGAAUGCGACUUCCUCUGGAAGUUCCCAUCGCGCGACCUACACUCAAACCAAGUCUCCGUAUCAAUCUCCUGCGCCAACUGUUCCAGCCCAAAGCACCUAGUAGGAGACUGUCCGGAUCCAUAUCUCCAACUCGGCACAUCAUCAUUUACUACGAAAGGCCUGGAUCCGGAUAUGAUUACAAACCUCAACACAGCCGAUGGACCUCGACGCACCGGUCGUCAAGGACCACCGCCGCCACCGCCGCGUUCUCACGGCAAUGCUGGCAAACCUGGUUCUCGUGGUGCAGAGUGGUCCCGCUCUUCGUCCUCCGAUGAAAAUGACAUAAUGUCCCGCGUUUCAAGAGGACGAGGCCGUCCUGCCCCCGUCCACCGUGGCAACAACAGCCGUGGCCAUAUUAAAUUCGGCAAUAAUGUUGGCACUGGUCGUGGUGCGUCUCGGGGACCACCUCCAGCUCCUCGUGGGCCGCCUCCAGCCCCUCGUGGUCGCCCCCCAUUUCCUGGAAACGGAAAUCGACGUCGCUCGCCUUCGCCACGUGCAAGGAAUCCGCCUCCAUCACGGGGUGGUAGCCGGGGUCGUGGGCCCCCGAGAGGUCCUGGACGUUCUCGUGGGUCACGCGGUGGUGGCAGAGGUCGAGGACGGUAA